ACCUAGCUGAGGUGUCCGUGUCGACACGCGUGUCCGACACCGACACGGGUGGGACACGGUGCGAUACGUGUCCGACACUUCAAAAUCCGUGUCCCUUUUUUUUAAAAAAAAAUACGUCAUGGACACAGACCGUGUCUCCCUAUGACACGACCCGUUUUAUUUUGGACACGCCCUUUUGUUAUUCCAGCCCAACUCCCUCAGUUUCUUUUUUCUCAAACCCUACUGCUUUCAAUCUUCCUCUUCACGAGUUCAUUCUACCUCAACCUUCUCAAACCCAAAUCGCCGCCGACUGAAGUCGCCUGACCGUCGCCCACCGUCCACCGUCACAGCGUCAGUCGUCGGCUCGUCGCUCGUCGCAAGUCCUCAGUCAUCACGAAACCUGGCCACUUUAAUACUCUAUUCCUUCAAUCCUUUGUCGACUCGCCGUCAGCCCGUCACUCGUCGCUCGUCGCCGCCGUCCAGGCGUCACUCUCGUCGGUGCUCUCAGCCUUCUCACUUUCUCAGGAAUGUCUUCUAGUGGUUCUAGUGCCUCUGCUUCGUGCAAUGUUAGUGGUAGUAGUAAUUCAUCUGAGUCUAAGAAGGACCCCUACCCUUUGUGGAAGUUUGUUGUUAAGGGUGAUAAAAUAUCGGGUGGUCAAGACUUGGUAUACAUUCAUAACAACCUUCGAUUACUUUCUAGGAGAAGUGAAGAAUACACUAAGGGGAGAUCUAAGUUGUGGGAUGUGGGUGGAGAUGAGCAUGACAACCUAGGAGAGGUUGGUAUUCUAGAGAUGGCCGAGCUCUCACUUGAUGAACCCGAGAUGGAGAAUAUGAUUUUUGAUGAUGUACUUGGUGAUGGUGAAGAAUGAAACUAUUAGUACUUUUGUUUAUUUUAUUUAUGAUUUGUAAAACUAUUAUUAAGACAUGUAUUUGGUUUGAUGGUUUCUUGAUAUGUAUGAGACUACGUUCGUACACUUUGUUUAUUUACUUGUUUUAACAAAAUUGUGUGUUUUGAGGCUAAUUAUUUAGUGUUUUAUUGAAUAGGUUGUCAAAUUCUCGUUUUUUUGAUAUAUUAUAUGCCUUGUUAUAUGCCGUACCCGUGUCCCCUAUUUCAGGAUUGCCGUUUUCCCGUGU